GAUAUCAAUAUUAGCAAUAGUUCGUGCUGGCUUCCCCAGGAUGGGACUUGCUGCUUGUUUUGGUGGACCUGUGUUCAACACCUUGAUUGGUAUUGGUAUUGGAUUUACAGCUCAAAGUGAAAGGAGUGGUUUUCAUAAAACUCAGGCAUCAUUUGAUGAAAAAGGUAUCUUAUGCAUGUGUUUUCUUCUGAUAAGCCUUGUUUCAUCACUUAUAUGUUUUCCUUUGAUGCACUUUCGAGCUACACGUGAAUAUGGUAUUUAUUUGCUGUCCUUGUAUGGACUAUUUUUUGUAACUAGCAUUUUAAAUGAAGUGCAUGUAUUUCAUAUCCCUGGUACAGAUGAAACCUGAAAAAUAGAAGGCUCAAACUGUAUUAUACAUGACUGCUUUAUUGCAAUC